AUGGAACAGAGCUCGCUGUCCAUGCUCUUUGGCGUGUCGCCCAACAUGGUCUCGCGCAUCCUGUGUCGUGCAGAAGAGGCGCUGUCCAAGGCGCUGCAUGGGUACGCCCCGGCGCGCAUUUCGUGGCCAUCACCAACGCGCCAAGCCGAGCUAGCAAAACUCGUCGAGGCACGCGAGCCCCUGCUCAAGUACACUUUUGGUUUCAUCGAUGGCAAGUACUUCUGA